CUUUUUCUUCAUCUCUUUGUUGCUCACUUCAUUCUUUUCACUCAUUCAUUCAUUCAUUCAUUCAUUCAUUCAUUUCGUUUAUUCAUUCUUUUUAUUCAUUCAUUCAUUCAUUCAUUCAUUCAUUCUGCCUUGCAUUCUUAAUCACACACGCUUUUAUUAAUAUUAACCUAUCCUGACAAUAACAACAAAAGAAAAAAAACAAUGGCUCUGACAAAAGUAGGCCCUGAACAAGUGCAUGGUGACACCGCCCCCUCCACUCCUGCAACAACAGCAUGCACAGACUCCCCUCCAUCCACCAACAAGAAAGAUGUUCCUGCGACUCCACAAGAACAACAACCUGCCCACCAUGUCAUGUUUGUUGUGCAUGGCAUGGGACGUCAACUGGAAGAGUAUGGAAAUUACGAACGUAACGUUGGACAUCUCGUGGAAAACACAAAAGCAGUUCUACAAAGCGUUUUCCAUGAGGUUGAGACAAAUGUUCAUAUCAUUCCUAUUGAAUGGCAUGCUAAAAUACAUUCCUUGGUGGACGAUCGCAUGGCCUUGGCCUCACUUAAGACCGUGCCUAAGGUCCGUAUGGUUAUGAAUGACUACUUGGCGGACAUCCUCUACUACUUUAACAACCACUUUGGAGGAAUUAUGGUUCAAAUGAUCGUUGAUGAGCUGAACGAGGCAUACGAUACAUUUGUAGAAAAACAUCCAGAUUUCAAUGGCAAGAUUUCAGUCUUUGCACUAUCCCUCGGUGGCAUUGCUAUGUUCGAUAUCCUGACGUGUCAGGAUGAUGACAAUGAAGAGGAGGCAGAAAAGGAGGACCUUGCAGGCGAUAAUAACAAAGAUGAUGACACUAAUCAAAAGACAGUGCGCAGUGAAUCAGCUGACACAACAAUAACAAGAACUAAGAUGCAGCAUGGCCAAGAAGAAAGUACAUCCAUAGAAUCCUCUUCCUCGCCCCAAAAUACGGCAGUGCCAGGUAAAGGAACAUCAUCUCCAGCACCAGUAGCAACAAGUGCAACUGAACAGAGUAAAGGAACCCAGAAAUCCCAAUUCGGCCAAAAAUGCAAGAAGAGUAAUAAGGGUGAUAAUGUCAAAAUCAGGAAACAGGACGAGCCUAAAUUCCUCAGGAAGAUUCCAAAACUCAAAUUUAGACCCCAUUACCUCUUCACAGUGGGGUCACCCCUAGGUGCUGUGUUGGUGAUGCGGAACCUUGAUUGGGAGACAUUCCAUCCACCGGACGAUAUUAUCCAUCACAAUCUUUUCCACCCAUUUGAUCCUUUGGGUUAUAGGAUUGAGCCUUUGAUCGAUCCAAUUUUUGCCAAGGUCCCAGCAGUUUUGAUGAAUUCUUAUAGUAGCUCUCAAGGGGCCUUGUUUUCAUUGCCCUCAUUACCAUCGUUACUACUUCCAGGGUCUAUUUCUUCAUUCUGGGAGAACAAGGUGCCCACGUUGCCAAGACCAUCUAUCCCAACGUUAUCGAGUCUUUCUCAAAUGACCAUGUCAUUAAAAGCAGGGCGUUGGCUAGCUGGAAAUGUGAACACGAAUACGAACAGUAGCAAUGGCAGCAAUAGUAACAACCAUAACAACAGUGGAGAAAACACGGCUGUAGAAGAUGAAGAAGAUGAUGAGGACGGGCCUGCUGCUACUAGAAAUGAUGAUGAAGUUGAGCAGCGUACUGGUGAAGAAGUACAGGCUAUUUCGUUUUCAUCCUCUUCAGGUCCCUCAGGGAAUGAGCACAAUAUAAAAGAAGACCCUAUGAUUAUGGAUGGCGAUGCCUCUUGCACUGAAUACAUAGCCGCAGCCACUGUGGCAACGUGUUUAGCGCCAAGAGAAACAGGAGAGACAUCAACAUCAACAAGCUCUCCAGCGGAUAUUGAUACAACCACUGGAUCACCAUCGCCAGCAACAUUAUCAGCCAAACAACGACCAACCUUGGGUCCUCGUCGAGUUAGCAGCCGAGUUGAUGGACAGCACUCACGUGAGCAUGAGCAAAGGGUAAUGGCCGACGCUGCAGAAGAAGACAUGAGGAAUGUGCUGUCCGGCAACAGCAACAGCAGUAGCAUUGACGAGUCCGUUGAGGAUGAUUGCACACCAUCAUUAAUGGAUAUGGAAUAUUAUUUAGGAACGGAGAGAGGUGCAACAGUCCAGGAGAAGGCUCAAGGUGUUGGCGCAAAGUCAAAUGUUGUUCAGGAACCCAUGGUUCAAUCAAUUUCGUCUGCACAAGGCCGGACAAAGAAUAAAGAAGAUGAGGACCACCAACAGCCACAUGCUGAUACGUUCCCACAGGAGAUUGAGAACGUAGAGGCGGCUAAACAGCAAGAGCAAAAGAAAGACAGGACAGUCCAUGUAGAAGGAAAGGCUACUAAACUACCAUAUCGAAUUGAUUAUGUCUUACAAGAGUCAACUGCGGACCAAUAUACGAAUGAGUAUCUUUUGGGGAUGCGAAGCCAUUUCCGAUACUGGGGUAACAGGGAUGUGGCAUACCACAUCCUCAGAACCAUGCUUCAGCCUGUAAAGAAUCUUGGCUCAGAGGACGAAGUCCUAGAUCUCAAACUGACCACUCCUGUGUCAUCAACCUCAGCUGCAAAUACUAAGGGAGGAGUAGAAGUCAAAACCAGGCUCCCUGCUGCUACAGCCCGUUCACGAAGUGAAUCUUCAGCAUCAACUAUGAUGAAUGCAACAACAGCGACAGAGGCAGCAGCAGCAGUAUCAUCGUCAUUGUCAUCAACAUCUGGCGCGACAACAGUAGUACCAGCAAGACAGCGGGCCAAAAAGAAGCAUCAUCGGAAAUCAUUCACGUUCUCGUUCUUUGGGGGUUAUGACCAUUCUUCCUCCUCUGACGACGACGACGACGACGAGCGCAAGCGCACUGACAACCAAGAGGAGCAGCAGCGAAGGAGACGAAGGCAGCAGCAAGAAGAAACAGAUCAGAAUAUGGCCAUGAUGGACGAGGAAAAUCAGUUAUUUGGAUAUCGAUACCCAAGAACGGAGACGGAUAUGGACAUGGACAUGGACAUGAGUAUCGGUAGUGACGGCAAGGACAACAGCAAUAACAGCAGUGCUGAUACAUACCAACGUACUUCAAGCUCUGCUAGGCCAAGGCUAGUGUCAAAGACUUACAGCGUCGAACCGUCGGAAGACGUGUCGAUGGCCAGUAUUAAUCGAGGAAGUAAGAGGCGAAUGAGCUCUUUGACCAGAAAUAGGAGGAGUAUAGAUAGUAAGGAGUUUGAAGCUGUGGUUGAGACUGAGAACAAGGCCGAAACUAAAGCCGGGGUUGCAGAAAAGGCUGUUGGCGUACAAGGAUGGAUCCCAGCGCCAGUGGUGCCUGAAUUAGCCCGACCAGCUAAGCUGCAUCAUCGCUCCUCGCGUGUUUGAGGAGGACCAGUAAAAAUAUAGGAUUAAAAAUAAAAAAAAAGUCUAAAUUCGACAC